UAUUUACCAGUUACUUCCCUUAGAUUAUUUACAAACAAUCAUUUUGACGUCUGCGCAUCUGUCAAACUACCUACAAUGGAGGACUGUCAAAUAGAUCCGGAAAUUUUAACAGCAAUAACAGAUAAAUUCUUUGACACUGAACCAUAUGGAGACUUUCAAAUAAUAGAAAAAGGUGAUAGAUUGUUCAGAAAAGUAAACCCAGAUGAAUUUUUGAUAGAAAAUGAAAAUGAAAAUACAAGAAAGAAAACAGUUUCUGACAUGAAACUUGUGAAUGCUUUUUUCAAUUCAAAAAAUGAGGCUAGACUACCUGAAUUUAUUCCACCAGACCAACUAAAUGAUUAUUUAUGUGACUUUAUUCUUGCUGUAACAAAGAAAGACGGCUCUGAAUAUGAGCCUACAACAUUAAGAGGGUUUAUUGGGUCUGUUGACAGGCAUUUAAAAGCAGCAGAAAGCACUGUAAGCAUAUUUAAAGAUAAGGAAUUUGCAAAAACAAGAGCAAUUUUGAAAAGAAAGCAGCAACAACUGAAAAAGUUAGGGCUUGGAAAUAAACCUCAUGCAGCUGAGGCACUUGAUGAGGAAAUGAUUGGAAAAAUGUAUGAAUGUGGGACACUUGGUACAAAGACCCCAAAAGCACUAAUUCAUUCUUUAUGGCUCAUCUGUACGUCUCACUUUGGAAUGAGGACAGGGAAGGAGAUUCACCAACUGUGUUGGGGAGAUAUCAAUAUUGGGCUGGAUGAGGCAAGUGGCAGCGAAUUCAUUUCAUUUACAACUGAACGCCAAACAAAGACUCGCUCUGGAGACAAUCCAAGAGACACAAGGGCUAUUAAACCAAGGGCAUAUGCCAUUACCGAAGAUCCAGAAAAAGACCCAGUCCACAUUUAUCGUACAUAUGAAAGUAAAAGGCCAAUAGAAAUGUGUAAGGAUGACAGCCCAUUCUUCCUGAGCCCAGGCAGCAAAACACACAAAUGUUGGUUCAAAAAGUGCCCUAUGGGAAUGAAUGCGAUUUAUGGUAUAAUGAAUGAGAUGAAAGCAGAAUCUGGCAUUGAAAACCCAAGAAUAACACCAUACAGCUCAAGAAAAAGGAUGAUACAGAAGUUAAGUGAUGAAGGAGUUCCUGCUAAUCAGAUUAUGCAGAUUUCUGGCCAUAAAAACAUCAACAGCAUCAACAACUACAGUAAAUUAAACCCGAACCAAAAUCGUCAAAUAUCUGACAUACUGUCAAAUAAACCAAGCAGCACAGUUUCAUCAUACCAGUCAACCGUAGAACAAGCUGAAACAACUAGAAAUCUUGAAAAACCAUGGGCUUUUCAAUCAAAUGGUUUCCCGCAGGGCUUCUUCACUAACUCAAAUAUACAUGGUAACGUAAUUAUUAAUAUGGGGAAAAGAACAGAAAGUCAGCAACUUUCUCAGACAAACAACCUACAAAUAUCCUGUUGAGCAACCUAGUUCAUCACAUUUAUAUCAAGAUUCCCCUCCAUUGGC